AUGCCGCAAAUUCCAUCCAUCCAACACAACAACAAGACUAAUUCCAUCACGGUGGAUGUAGGUCAUUCCGAUGCCAUACUUUCCUUUGACCUUUCCAAUCAUCACGAUGCACAACAAAUUCUUUGUACUUCCAGUUACGAUCAUUCCAUUCAACUCUAUGAUUUACAUCACAAACAAAACAUUUCACAAAUAAGACCAAACAAUAAUUCUGGAUUGGAUAUUUCUCAUGUGAAAUUAUAUACUCCUUCAUUGUUACAACAUGGAUUUAUUUAUGCCAUCAUUGGAAAUUGUAUUCACAUUUAUGAUUUAAGAAACAUCUCUCAAGAAUUAUUUAUUUUAAAAUGUUUUGAUGAUCAAGAAAAUGAAUUAAAUUCAUUGGAUAUGGUUGGUGAGAAUGCAUGUACAUGUGAUGAUGAUGGAAAUAUUUAUAUAUUUUCUAAUCAAUUGAAUGGAAGUGAAUUGAAAAUUAAAAAAGUGUUGAAAAAUGUUCAUGAGAACAUUUGUAUGAAUGUGAAAUUGAGACCAAACACGAGUUGUGAAGUCAUUAGUGGUGGUUUAGAUCAAAAAUAUAUUCAUCAAAAUUGGAAAUCUAACAAUGUGUUAUUUAAGGGUGAUUCAACUCAAUGGGUUCCAUCUUUCAAGACAUCUCAACAAGUCAUCAAUCCACCCUAUAUUCACAGUUUGGACAUCAAUAAGAGAGAUUCUAGGAGUGUCAUUGGUCUUGGAAAUGGUUCCAUUGUCAUGUUUGAUUUGAGUGCACAACAUUCCAAGUUCGUUGCUUUCAAUAAUGCUCAUUCCUAUAUCGUGAAUAAUAUUCAAUUUAUGAAUGACCAACUCUAUUCCGAUCAUUUCAUGUCUGCAAGUUUGGAUGGAAUCAUUAAUAUUUGGAAAUAUGAAUCGAAAGGACCAUUGAAGCCAGCAUCCAAAAAGAUUUCACAAUCACUACUACCAAUAGUGUGGAAUGUCAACACUGGAAACAAAAUAGAAUGUGCCAAGUACAGUAAUGGUUAUGUUUAUGUUUCCUAUGAGAAUGGAACCACCAUUGACAAGAUAUCAAUGACACACUAG